CCCCACCCCCCCGCACCCCGCUCAGAGCCCGGAGCCUCCGCCACCGCGAUGUGGGCCGCGCUGCCGCUGCUCUGCGCUGGGGCCUGGCUGCUGGGAUCCCCCGUCCGCGGCAGCGCUGCUGGCCUGUCCGUGAGCUACAAAGAGAACUUUCGCUUUAAGUCAUGGAUGGUGCAGCACCAAAGGAAGUACAGCACGGAGGAGUACCACCACAGGCUGCACACCUUUCUCAGCAACAGCAGGAAGAUCAAGGCCCACAAUGCUCGCAACAGCACAUUUCAGAUGGGAAUCAACCAGUUUUCAGACAUGACGUUUGAGGAAAUUAAACGCAAGUACCUUUGGUCAGAGCCUCAGAAUUGCUCAGCCACCAAAAGUAACUACCUUCGGGGCAGAGGUCCCUACCCAUCCUCUGUGGACUGGCGGAAAAAGGGACAUUUUGUCUCCGCUGUGAAAAAUCAGGGCGGCUGUGGCAGUUGCUGGACCUUCUCCACCACGGGUGCCCUGGAGUCUGCGAUCGCCAUCAAAACGGGGAAGAUGCUGUCUUUGGCAGAACAGCAGCUGGUGGACUGCGCCCAGAACUUCAACAACCACGGCUGCCAAGGGGGCCUCCCCAGCCAGGCCUUCGAGUAUAUCCGCUACAACAAGGGCAUCAUGGCUGAGGACGCCUACCCCUACAAGGCCAAGGACGGCACCUGCAAGUUCCAGCCCAAGCAGGCCGUGGCUUUUGUCAAGGACGUGGCCAACAUCACCAUCAACGACGAGGAGGCGAUGGUGGAGGCGGUCGCCCUGUACAACCCCGUGAGCUUCGCCUUCGAGGUGACGGAGGACUUCAUGCUGUACCGCAAGGGCGUUUAUUCCAGUACUUCCUGUCAUAAAACUCCAGAUAAAGUAAACCACGCAGUACUGGCUGUUGGGUAUGGCGAAGAAAAUGGGACACCCUACUGGAUCGUGAAAAACUCUUGGGGCCCCCAGUGGGGAAUGAACGGGUACUUCCUCAUAGAGCGCGGCAAGAACAUGUGCGGGCUGGCCGCCUGCGCCUCCUACCCCAUCCCGCUGGUCUGAGGCGGGCGCAGCUGUGACGGCCGCGGGCAGCGGGGCCGGGCGGCCGGGCCGGGCCCCCUGGUGCACACCCCGCUCUGGAGCAGUGGUGGGGCAGCCCCCAGCGGCCCGGCUUUGCGCCCUCACCCGGUGCGUGCGGAGGAGGAAGACCCAGCAGGCAACCAGUCCAGCGCGUCUCCUGACCAAAGGGCAUCACCAGCCACGUGCCUUAGGCCUCGUUUUUAACUGACUCAUCCCCAGGUGUACGGAGAAUGUCCUCUCCACUGGGCUGCUUUGCAGCUUUAGAAAGCACUCCGGUGACUGUCUUUUCUGUGGUCUAUUCAAUAAACAUUCAGUGAGCACCUCCA